AUUAACCUUGCGACUCUGCGCAACACAAUGGCGUCAAGGUACUGGGUGGUCUCUCUCCCCGUCCAAAACUCCGCAUCUUCUCUCUGGAGUCGUUUGCAAGAAUCCAUCUCUAAACACGCCUUCGAUACUCCUCUCUACCGUUUCAACAUUCGGAAUCUCCUUGUGGGAACUCUAGAUUCGCUUCGAGCAAUCAGUGAUGACCUUGUGAAGUCGAAUAGCUUCAUUGAAGGAGUGUCUCAGAAGAUACGGCGUCAGAUCGAAGAAUUAGAUAAGGUUUCUGGAGUGGUCAGUAGUUCUUUGACAGUUGAUUGGGUUCCUGUUGACUCAUACCUCACCAGGUAAUAUAAUACGUUUUAGUUGGUUUGAUUUGAAGAUAUUCGGUUGUUUUUGUUGUGAAUACGAUUUGUAAUGUU